AUGGUGUUGUUGUUGUGUGUGUUAAACAAGAAGGCGGUAGGACAAGGAUUCAACUACAAAGAAGCAUUAAGCAAGUCCAUCAUUUUCUUAGAAUGUCAAAGAUCAGGAAAGCUGCCUCCUACUAACAGGGUCCCCUGGCGCGGUGAUUCUGGCCUCGAAGAUGGCAAGCUUGCCAAUGUGGACCUGGUAGGGGGAUACUACGAUGCAGGAGACAAUGUAAAGUAUGGGUUACCAAUGGCAUUCACAGUAACAACACUGGCAUGGGGAGCCAUCUUUUAUGAACCUCAGCUGCAGGCUGCAGGGGAGCUCCAACAUGUCCGAGAUGCCAUCAGAUGGGGAACUGAUUAUUUCCUGAAAUGUAGCUCCAGACGCAACCGCUUGUACGUGCAAGUUGGAGAUCCCCUGGUGGAUCAUCAGUGUUGGAUUCGCCCUGAGAACAUGCAAUCUGAACGUCCAGUCUUGCAGAUUGACGAACAUAAACCUGGCACUGAGAUUGCUGCUGAAACUGCUGCCGCCAUGGCUGCUGCUUCCAUGGUCUUUCGCAAAACUGAUCAGCCAUAUUCUCACCGACUCCUCAACAAGGCCAAAUCACUCUUUAGAUUUGCUGGAAGCUAUAAAGGAACCUUCGAUGGAGAAUGCCCCUUCUAUUGCUCGUUCUCCGGCUCUAAUGACGAGAUGCAAUGGGCAGCAACAUGGCUGUACAAGGCCACCAAGAACCAAACCUACUACCAUUAUAUUGAGGAUCAGUCAAUUGAUGCUACCAUAAGCGAAUUUAAUUGGGACCUCAAAUAUGCCGGAAGCCAGAUUCUUCUCACAGAACUGUAUUUUCAAGGGCAGCAGACCUUGGAUGAGUACAAGAAGAUGGCUGAUAGUUACAUAUGUUCAGUACUCCCCGGAAGCCCUUAUGCCCAAGCUCCCUUCACUCCUGGAGGACUGCUUUACAUGAGAGAUGGAGCCAACUUGCAAUAUGCUACAGCUGCCGCUUUUGCAUUCAGUGUUUAUGGUGAUUUGCUUGCAAGAUACAAACAACAGGUUAUUUGUGGUGGCAAGCAAUUUGGUUCUGCUGACCUCCUAGCUUUUGCUAAGAAACAGAUGGAUUAUAUACUGGGAGCAAAUCCACAGCAGAGGUCAUACAUGGUAGGAUUUGGAAAGAAUUUUCCACAACAGCCACAUCACAGGGGAGCAUCAAAUCCUAUUUUAUCAAAGUCUGAUGUGGUGACUUGUGCUAAAACUUUUAUGGACUAUUUCACCAAAAAUGCUCCAAACCCAAACGAGCUCACUGGUGCCAUUGUCGGUGGUCCAGACAAGAGUGACAAUUUUGAAGACCGGCGUCACAUUGGGAACAUGGAAGAACCCUGUACCUAUAUUAACUCUCUUGCUAUUGGCGCCUUGGCUAGAUUAACAUCCUCAUCCUAAGAUAACAAGUACAUUACCUAGCUCACAUUUCUCAGUACAUAAUGCAUUUCUAUCAGUCUGUUAAUAUCUAACUAAGUCGCCACGUGUGAUCUGUGCAGCACUUACAUGGUUGAAUAGAACUUAGUGGCAUGCAACACAUUCUCCACAUCAUAUGAAGACCAGGGAUAAGAUGAUUCCGUGAUGUCAUCUCUUAGGUGGAUGUUAAGUAAUUAUGGUUAUAACUAAUAAGCACAGAGUUUUAUUUUGCAUGUAAACAAACUCUGCAAAAGACUACAGCCAGAUUAAAUAUCUAUAUACACAGAG